GUUUAUUGAAGCAACAACUCUCCACCCUCAUAUUGUCGUGUCUCGUUUAGGCUUUGUGAGGCUACAGGGCAUCACCAGGAGCCCUUGUAUGGCAUGAGGCAUUUCCAACCCCCCCAGUUAUGCCCGAGGUACCAGAUCGUCCAUCCUGCCAGCUACGAUAAAGACGCGAACCUUGGUUAUAAAUAGGAGCCUCUUCUCCGAUACCAUUUCUGACCCGACCCUCAUCCAGAAAUGCCCACUGCUUUUUUCAAAACCCUACUACACUCCCCACCACUUCUCACUCCCAACUCAACACACAGGAUGAAGAUAUCUACCCCGAUCACUGCCCUGGCCAUGCUCGCCACUAUGACAAUCGCAUCACCCACCUCCGUCGACCUCGCCGCACGAGCCUGCACUACCAUCUCCCCAAGCAUCAUCGACGUCCUGGACAGCGCAAACCCCGACUCCCCAAGUCCCGGUCAACACUUCUCGCUUGCUCGCUUCGCCACAGAACACACCAAGAUCUCAGCAUUGACCUUCACUGGCAUCCCCAACGACGCCACCGGAUGCAUGCUAGCCAUCGAUAUCCCGGUCCUCACCCACCCCAUUGCCCAGGGCGCCAACCAGGCCGACAUCUGGUCCACCGACCCCUGGGACUCCACCUCCCUUCCCACAUGGAACAAUCAGCCCAAGAGACGAGAGAUGGUGGAAACCUACCAGUUCCCCAACACGCAAACCUCUUCGCCUACACAUACCAUCCUCGCUUCUAACACUUUCUCGAGCACACUGAGCUGGGUGGCGUUGCUGUCCACCUGGCAGACCACUUUGGGGACCGUUGACUUUCUAAAUUCCAUCUCGGGAGGGAAUCCCAUUGGAUUCAGCCUGGUGUAUAAUUGCUGAUGCUGUUGAGAUGCUUGUUACAUUCUGAAAUAGCGAGGACCCCUCUAGCCCUCUCUAUGCAGCCUGAUAAUGUGGGUGCUUGCCAGAUCUUGAGCAGCUUCCGAGUUGCAUCAUCCACACGGAUACAAUUUUUCCACGGGCAAGCCCGAGU